ACGAUGGUUUUUGCUCUGCUCGCCAUAACGGCUCUCCUCGUACCUCAUAACACCUACGCAACCAUUUCAUACCCUGAACAAAACCCGGCGCUUGAAGAGUACCAGAAUGAAUCUCCGUACUUUCCUCUCGAAGAGACAUGGUACAUGGUGUACAGAAACUACAAGACAGAUCCGUUUUUUGGUGACAUGGCUAAAUGUGUCAGAUUCCGAGAGACUGAUCCCGGACAAAAUGGCGCUUACCCAAUCAUUGUCGAGUAUGAUCCAAGCUUCUCAACUAAUAUAACAGUGACUCUCAGCUUAUCUCAGGGAUAUACACUCAAAAACAUAUUGAACUUUCAACCUCAAGAUCAGGAUAUCUCCGUGCCGACUUACUCAGCGUACAAAGACGUCGAGAAGUGCGAUGUACUCCGCAUGCCAUACGCAGGAGAUGGGGCAUGUGCCCUCCUGAUCCCUAAAAGUCAACUGGGAAAUCACGCGGUGUGCUGUGAUUUCAUCUUUGAUCUCCUCUGCGGUGCAACCCCGAAGUUCAACAUCUCCGACAGCAACUGCCCUUAG